AUGUCUGUCAACUCCGUCUACCUAGUCAUCCAUUCCCACUCACGUUCCAAAGACAAACCCUCAUUCCGCGUCGCCUCCGCCGAACUACCUAAAAUUCCUUCUCAGUGGACCGGCCACGAUCACAUCAACUAUGAAUACCCUAGUAUUGGCGUUACCAUGUCCGGUACCACGCUCGCAGAAAAAUGGUACAUUGAACUAGAAUACCCCAAAAACUCGGAGCAAUAUGUCGAGAUUGUCGCGUGGUUCAAUGAUCUAGAAGCAGCGGAUAAGAAGCUGGCUGAUUGCGUGUUGCAAGGCUGUAAUCCCAAUACGGACACGCACGAAGAAGGAAACGUGGAGAAGAAGGUAAACGCGACUUGGACGGAUCCCUUGGACGGCAACACAACAGCAUUCUACCGCAUCGAUUCAAGGCAGGAAAACCUCGACGGGACAUUCUCGCAAGCCAUGCGAUCUCACUGGUGGGAAGUAAUACGCGUCGAUCUCGAACAGCCAGACGUAUACAGCGCCAAAUGGAAUGAGAAAGACCGGUCAUCCUACCUGGAGACUUCGGAAAGGAUCAACUCCCUUCUGACUUUGAAAAGAGCUCAGGGGCUGAACGAGCAGGAGUUGGAGGAGUUGGACAGGCUACAGAAGGGAUUGGGUUGGGUGGGUGUCAAGAGGGUUAAGUCGCACGAUUACACUGGUGGGUAUGUCAAGCGGAGCGAGGAGGACAGCGAUGGAGUUAAGGAGUACCUCGAGAAAGAGAAGGUGCAGUACAGUAGUGAGGAUGAGGAGGAUCUGAGGGUGAGGAAGCUGGAACCAGGCUAUGGGAAGCUGGACUUGGAGGAUCGUGAGGUCUUGGGGGACAAUAUAUGGGGCGACAAGUUGUAG